AUGUCGCCGCACCCUCCCGCGCCCGCCUCGUCGUCGAACGCGACGGUGGAGCUGGGCGCGGCGAUCGAGCGGUCGCUGUCGCGCGUGCACGAGUUGGAGCGCACCGUCUCGCUCUUCCACGAGUCCAACCAGCUGCUCCUCCUCGACCGCAUGUCCGUCGCGCUCCUCCUUUCGCUCUCGCGCGUCGCGUUCUGCCAGCCGCUGCGAACCGCAAGUAGCCAUAAAUUUCCUCGCGCAGCCUGUGGAGUGGACGCGAAGAAGACACCUAGUCCCAACGGCCUGGUCACGGGGUUCGCGGAACUACUCGGCGCAGCGGAACAGUGCGAGGCGCAUGUGCCGCUGGACGUGCUCAGGUGUGUGGACGAGGGGCGCAAUCCGAACGAGGUGACGAGGGAGCUGCUGCGGGGCUGUGUGGCGCACAACGCCACCACCAAGGGCAAGGUCGACGCCUUCAAGGCGCUGCGAGCGCAGCUACUGAGUGAGAUGGACCGAGUGUUUCCCGAGGAGACCGAGGCCUACCGCGACCUGCGCCUGCACUCCCUGCAGGCACGUGCCUUCCUGGGGGAAGCGACUAAAGCAGCUGAGGAGGCAGCUAAAGCAGCAGUGGCAGCUAAGGCAGCAGAGGAAGCAGCAAAAGCGGCAGCGGCAGCGAAGGCAGCAGAAGAAGCAGCUAAAGCAGCUGAGGCAGAAAAAACAACAGAGAAAACAGUGGCAGAUGAAGCAAAGGAGAAAGCACAGAAGGCAGGAGAUGUGAGUGCGGAUAAAGAGUGUGUGAUGGAGGUGAAUGGUGGCGGUGUGAAGGAGAGGGGCGAGGGAGCGGAGGAGAGGGGAGAUGUGAAAAAACAGAACCAGGGGGAGGCCAAAGGGAAUUUCCCCUUUCCUGAAUCCACAUCUCGCCGCACUCACCCACUCUCCUCCCCGCUUCCCGUUUUCCCACCUUCCCCGCCUUUCCGCUUCCUUAUUUUCCCGCGCCACCGCUUUCCCGCCCCCACCCCCCCGUUCCCGCCCUUCCGCUUCCCCAUUUCCCCGUUCCCCACCCUUCCGCUACUACGCCACCACCCCAUCCCUCCCCAUCACCACCUUUCCCCCAACCCCAUUGGCAUGGCUGGCUAUAUUCCCCUGCUCUCUCCUUCGUCCUCUACCCCAAAGCUGCGAGCUACCAUGGGUUCUGAGCGUGAGGACAAUGUGUAUCGCGCCAAGCUCGCCGAGCAAGCUGAGCGCUAUGACGAAAUGGUGGAAGCCAUUGAAGAUGUUGCUAAGAUGACCGACGGAGCUGAGCUUUCCGUUGAAGAGCGUAACCUUCUCUCCGUUGCUUUCAAGAACGUCGUUGGUGCUCGUCGUGCAGCGUGGCGCAUCGUGUCGUCGAUCGAGCAGAAGGAGGAGAGCCGAGGACAUGAAGACCGCGUAGCCGUCAUUAAGGAGUACCGCGCUAAGAUCGAGAAGGAGCUCGACGAGGUUUGCGGACGUAUUUUGUCUCUUCUGGACACCACUCUUAUCCCGGCUGCAAAGACUGCUGAGUCGAAGGUGUUCUAUCUGAAAAUGAAGGGCGACUACCACCGUUACCUCGCUGAGUUCAAGACUGGCGCUGAUAGAAAGGAUGCUGCUGAGGCAACACUGGCUGCUUACAAGGCAGCUCAGGACAUUGCCAAUGCUGACCUCGCUUCCACUCACCCGAUCCGUCUUGGCCUUGCUCUCAACUUCUCCGUCUUCUACUACGAGAUUUUGAACUCUCCCGAGCGCGCUUGCACUCUUGCCAAGCAGGCGUUCGACGAGGCUAUUGCUGAACUCGACACAUUGGGGGAGGACUCAUACAAGGAUAGCACGCUGAUCAUGCAGCUGCUGCGGGACAACCUUACACUCUGGACUUCUGAUAUGCAGGACGAGGCUACCGAAGAGAAGGCAGAUGCUUGA